UCGAGUGUUCAGAGCUGAGUUCCUCCUCAUUGAGUUCAGCUAGAAAUACUGGAAUAUUCUCAUCGAUGAAGACGAGCAUCUGCAAGAAGAGAAGAGAAAUCUGCAAGGACAGUGAGAAGAUGAGUGAUCCAGAACCCUGCAGAAUUAAACAGGAAGAGACUGAAGAACUCAUAGAUGUGAUGGUGAAGGAGGAGAGUGAAGAACUGAAUGAAGAUGAGGAGAAACAUCAUGUCAAAAGUGAAGAAAAAACCCAAUCAGAGACUGAACAUAGUAUUUCAGUGAAAGGAACAGCUGUAAAAAGUCUCGCCUGCACUCAGUGUGGAAAGAGUUUGAGCUGCAAAAGCACUCUAAAUAAACACAUGAGGAUCCACACUGGAGAGAAACCUUACCAGUGUUCACACUGCGACAAGAGAUUCAGUUUUUCACAAAACCUGAAGUCACACGAGAGGACUCACACUGGAGAGAAACCUUACCAGUGUUCACACUGUGACAAGAGAUUCAGUCAUUCAGGAGUUCUAAAGACACACUUGAGGACUCACACUGGAGAGAAACCGUAUCACUGCACUGCUUGUGGGAAGAGUUUCACAUGUUCAUCUUCUCUACGACAACACACAAAAAACUAUCACAAUGUGACGAUGGAGAAGAGUGAAGAACUGAAUGAAGAUGAGGAGAAACAUCAUGUCAAAAGUGAAGAAAAAACCCAAUCAGAGGCUGAAUUCAGUAUUUCAGUGAAAGAAACAGCUGUAAAAAGUCUCACCUGCACUCAGUGUGGAAAGAGUUUCCGCUGCAAAAGCACUCUCAAUCAUCACAUGAGGAUCCACACUGGAGAGAAACCUUACCAGUGUUCACACUGCGACAAGAGAUUCAGUUUUUCACAAAACCUGAAAACACACAUGAGGACUCACACUGGAGAGAAACCUUACCAGUGUUCAUACUGCAGCAAGAGAUUCAGUCAUUCAGGAGUCCUAAAAACACACGUGAGGACUCACACUGGAGAGAAACCGUAUCACUGCACUGCUUGUGGGAAGAGUUAUACAGAUUUUUCUUCUCUACGAUUACACACAAAAAACCUUCACAAUGUAACGGUGAAGGAGGAGAGUGAAGAACUGAAUGAAGAUGAGGAGAAACAUCAUGUCAAAAGUGAAGAAAAAACCCAAUCAGAGACUGAACAUAGUAUUUCAGUGAAAGGAACAGCUGUAAAUAGUUUGACCUGCACUCAGUGUGGAAAGAGUUUCACCCGCAAAAGCGGUCUCACUGAUCACAUGAGGAUCCACACUGGAGAGAAACCUUUCAAGUGUCCACACUGCGACUGGAGUUUUAAUAUUUCACGAAACCUCAGAUCACACAUAAAGCUCCACACUGGAGAGAAACCUCACCAGUGUUCACACUGUGGCAAGAGAUUCAAUCAUCCAGGAGUCCUAAAAUCACACUUGAGGAUCCACACUGGAGAGAAACCUUACCAGUGUUCACACUGCGGCAAGGGAUUCAGUGUUUCUAAAAACAUGAAAACACAUGAGAGGAUUCACACUGAAGAGAAACCUUACCAGUGUUCACACUGUGACAAGAGAUUCAGUUUUUCACAAAACCUGAAGACACACUUGAGGACUCACACUGGAGAGAAACCGUAUCACUGCACUGCUUGUGGGAAGAGUUUCACAUAUUCAUCUUCUCUACAUUUACACACAAUAAACUUUCAUGAAAGGCUGGGUUUAUUGAAGGACAGUGAGAAGAUGAGUGAUUCAGAACCCUGCAGAAUUAAACAGGAAGACACUGACGAACUAAUAGAUGUGAUUGAGGAGAGUGAAGAACUAAAUGAAGAUGAGGAGAAACAUCAAGUCAAAAGUGAAGAAAAAACCCAAUCAGAGACUGAACAUAGUAUUUCAGUGAAAGGAACAGCUGUAAAUAGUUUGACCUGCACUCAGUGUGGAAAGAGUUUCACCCGCAAAAGCGGUCUCAAUGAUCACUUGAGGAUUCACACUGGAGAGAAACCUUUCAAGUGUCCACACUGCGACAAGAGAUGUACUAAUUUAAGAAACCUCAAAUCACACAUGAGGACUCACGCUGAAGAGAAACCUCACCAGUGUUCACAUUGCCGCAAGAGAUUCAGUGAUUCAAGAUACCUGAAAUCACACGAGAGGACUCACACUGGAGAUAAACCUUACCAGUGUUCACACUGCGACAAGAGAUUCAGUGAUUCAAGAUACCUGAAAUCACACGAGAGGACUCACACUGGAGAGAAACCGUAUCACUGCACUGCUUGUUGGAAGAGAUUCUCAUAUUCAUCUUCUCUACGACAACACACAAUAAACUGUCAGAAUGUGAUGGUGAAGGAGAAGAGUGAAGAACUGAAUGAAGAUGAGGAGAAACAUCAUGUCAAAAGUGAAGAAAAAACCCAAUCAGAGACUGAAUUCAGUAUUUCAGUGAAAGAAACAGCUGUAAAUAGUUUGACCUGCACUCAGUGUGGAAAGGGUUUCAGCUGCAAAAGCACUCUCAAUUAUCACAUGAGGGUCCACACUGGAGAGAAACCUUACCAGUGUUCACACUGCGACAAGAGAUUCAGUUGUUCACAAAACCUGAAAUCGCACAUGAGGACUCACACUGGAGAGAAACCUUACAAGUGUUCACACUGCGGCAAGAGAUUCAGUCAUUCAGGAGUCCUAAAAACACACUUGAGGAUUCACACUGGAGAGAAACCGUAUCACUGCACUGCUUGUGGGAAGAGUUUCACAUAUUUUUCUUCUCUACGAUUACACACAAAAAACCUUCACAAUGUGAUGGUGGAGGAGAGUGAAGAUGAGGAGAAACAUCAGGUCAGAAGUAAAGAAAAAACUUUUACCUGCACUCAGUGUGGGAGGAGUUUUGCAUGCAGACACCAUCUCAUUCUUCACAUGAGGAUCCACACUGGAGAGAAACCUUACAAGUGUUCACAUUGCGAGAAGAGAUUCAGCUGUUCAAGUGCUAUGAAAAUACAUGAGAGGACUCACACUGGAGAGAAACCGUAUCACUGCACUGCUUGUGGGAAGAAUUUCACGGAUUCAACUUCUCUACGAUUACACACAAAAAACUAUCACAGUGUGAUGAUGAAUGAGGAGAGUGAAGAUAAGGAGAAACAUCAAGAAAAAACUUUCACCUGCACUCAGUGUGGAAGGAGUUUUAGGCGCAAUUACUUUCUCAUUCUUCACAUGAGGAUCCACACUGGAGAGAAACCUUACCAGUGUUCACACUGUGAGAAGAGAUUCAGGUAUUCCGGAACCAUGAAAAUACAUGAGAGGACACACACUGGAGAGAAACCUUACAAGUGCUCACACUGCGAGAAGACAUUCAGGGCUUUAAAUACCUUGAAAAUACAUGAGAGGACUCACACUGGAGAGAAACCUUACCAGUGUUCACACUGCAAGAAGACAUUCAGGGGUUUAAAUACCAUGAAAAUACACGAGAGGACUCACACUGGAGAGAAACCUUACCAGUGUUCACACUGCCACAAGAGAUUCAAUGAUACAGGUCAAUUGAAUAUACAUGAAAGGAUUCACACCAGAGAGAAACCGUAUCACUGCACUGCUUGUGGGAAGAGUUUCAUAUAUUCAUCUUCCCUACGAAAACACACAAUAAACAUUCACAACCUGAUGGUAACGAAAGAGGAAAUUGGAAAAGCCAAUCAUAGCAUCAAUACAAAGGAGAAGACACAUCUGUGUUCUGAGUGUGGGAAGAGUUUUGCACAUCGUUCAUAUUUAAUUGCACAUCAGAAGAUCCACUCCGGAGAGAAACCAUUCACAUGCACUCAGUGUGGGAAGAGUUUCAGAUAUUUAUCACAACUUAAUGAACACAUGAUGACCCACACUGGAGAGAAACCACACAAAUGUGAUCAAUGCGGAAAAAGAUUUUUGAAGGCUUCAAACCUGAAGGUCCAUUUUGGAGUUCAUACAAAGGAGAAGCCUUAUCCAUGUUCUGUGUGUGGAAAAACGUUUGCACGUCCAUCAUUUUUAAAAGAACAUGAGCUGAUCCACAUUGGUGUUAAAAAGUAUGUGUGCCUUGUGUGUGAGAGGAGUUUUCUUAGACCUCGAGAAUUAAAACAGCACCAGAAGAUUCACACUGGAGAGAAACCACACAUAUGUGAUCAAUGCGGCAAAGCGUUUUCGAGGUCUACACAACUAAAGAAGCAUCUUAACGUUCAUGCAAAGGAGACACAAUCAGUUCUUUGACAGUAAAGAGUUUUACACUUCAAUUUACCUUACUGAAAACUCUAUUUAACUCUAUAACAAAAUUCUAUUCAUAUAUAUAAUUUAUAUAUUAUAUUUAAUGUUUAUUUCCUAUAGCCUGUUUUCUUUAUUUUAUAACUUUGCUGUUGGUUGCAUUGCUUCUAGUAGUAUAUGUUUAUAUUAGAAUCAGAAUCAGAAAGAGCUUUAUUGCCAGAUAUGUUCACACAUACGAGGGAUUUGUUUUGGUGACAGAGCUUCUACAGUGCAACAGGAUAACAGAGACAGGACAAAAAACAGAUAAUAAAUAUAUUUUUUUAAAAAUAGAAGUAAGUAGUGAGUGCAAAUAUACAGAUUGACAAGUGUAUGUACGUGUUUAUUACUAUAUACAAUUUUAUAUGUGCCGCUGUUAUGUGAAAAUUGGCAUGUAAAGUGUGUUGUUAAAUAUGUGUAUAAAAGUGUAUAGCAGUAGUGAUGUUGGUUUCGCAAUUAUUAUCAUCAAGUGUUCAUGAGAUGGAUUACCUGAGGGAAGAAACUGUUUCUGUGUCGGGCUGUUCUGGUGCGCAGUGCUCUGUAGCAUCGACCAGAAGGUAAAAGUUCAAAGAGGC